GUUUUUGGUCUAUAAAAGACCAUGUCCUGGCCACCGGAGCAUCAGAAAACCAGUGCUCGUUACCGGGAGAACACCAUUGAAAACACGGAGUUUUAGUUAAAUUUAACCUUUUCGAUACUAAAAAUUCCUUUAAAAUGAAAUUCAUUCUAAGCAUGUCUAAAUUGGUCAGCGCUGUUUUAGUGUUUGUUUUACUGGCAGAGUUCAGUGCAGCUGAGAUGGAGCACGAUAAGAACCGACGAGGCGCUAACUUGGGGCUAUAUGCAUUCCCGCGAGUAGGCCGCGGCGAUCCCAGCUUUGGGAAUAGUCUGCGGGACGGAUUAGAUGCCGGGCCUCUCGAUGGCAUUUACCCAGAUGCCUCCCAGGAGGAUUAUAAUGACUCGGAAUUCCAGAAGCGGGCCAGUGGCCUGGUGGCUUUUCCCCGAGUGGGACGGGGGGAUGCUGAGCUGCGGAAAUUCGCCCACCUGUUGGCCCUGCAACAGGUCCUGGACAAACGCACCGGUCCCAGUGCCUCCUCGGGCCUUUGGUUCGGUCCCCGGCUGGGCAAGCGAAGCGUCGACUCCAAGUCCUUCGCAAAGGGCCAAAAGGAAUUCAAUUAAACGUAAAAAUCGCACUCGGAUCGAAAACUCUCUGGAAGAUUCUUGCACAUCAGUUUUGUAUAUCAAUGAAUCGAAGCUUCUAAUUGAAUAUUGUAACGGGUAUAUAACGAAUAUGUUUUCUGGUUAAAUCCGGGCUGGUGAGAGCUACUAUUAAAGUCUUUGUGUGUUUUAAUUCUUGCAAUUUAAAAUUAUGUAAAUACAAUAAACUCCAUAACAUAACCUGCAUUUGAAA